AUGCCAGAAUACGACGUCCGUACCGUCAUUCCCCUUUCUGAAUCCCAACAAGACGCCCUCGCCGAAGCCAUAACCCGCAUCCACAGCACCAAAUUCACAACGCCCCGCCUCUUCGUCAACGUCAAAUUCACCGACGUCUCCAAGCAGCGGACCUAUGUCGGUGGCAAACGGCAUCAGGGAAACCACAUCUUUGCCAAUGUUCGUGUUGGGCCUUCGAGGACGCCGGCGGACUGGGAUGAUUUGAGUAAGCAGGUUGUGGGUGCUUGGGAGGAAGUUGUGCAGUCCGAGGGGAGUGGGAGGGAGUGCGAGUUGCAGAGCUUUAUUAUUAUGGGCGGUAUGCAAGGCGGAUAUGAAGCAGGCUUCCCGAUACCUCCGGCGGGAGGUGAUGUGCAAUGGAUGCGAGAUAACAUGGAAGGCUUCAAGAAGAAGGCCGCAGAUGGUCAUGAAGGCUUCAUCGACAUGCUGGCGGAGAUUGAGGAAAGAGGCUUGAUGAAGGAUGCGAACGGCAAAGCUUGA